AAAAACAAUAUAUAUACACAAACACACAUAGCCUAAAAUCAUAAAGCUAGUUCCCCCUCCAUCAAUACUCUCAAGCUAAUUACCUGAUUGUAUUUAUCAAACUAAAUCAAUGGAAAAGCCCAUAUCUACUCCCACAGUUAAUAAUCAGCCUCCAAUCAAAUACCUUACUGUUCUUAGCAUUGAUGGUGGAGGCGUUAGAGGAAUCAUUCCUGGUGUUAUUCUUGCCAAACUUGAGUCUCAACUUCAGGAAUUAGACGGUAAGGAUGCAAGGAUUGCAGAUUAUUUCGAUGUAAUUGGUGGGACCAGUACAGGAGGUCUGAUUACUACCAUGUUAGCAGUUCCUGAUAAAGAUCCAAAGGCUACCAAUAAUCGUCCUAUUGCUGCCGAUAAAAUUGUGCCAUUUUACACCGACAACUUGCCACAUAUUUUUCCACAAAAAAGUGGAAUAAUUGCGUCACUCGUAAGAAUAAAAAAAGCUUUCAGAGGACCUAAGUACGAUGGAGAAUAUCUUCAUACUCUGAUAAGAAAUAUGGCAGGGAAAACACUGUUGAGCCAAACUUUGACAAACGUUGUUAUUCCAUGUUUUGAUAUCGAUCAACUUCAACCUACCAUCUUUUCCUCGUACGAGGUAGAAUCUGAUCCAAGUUUAGAUAUACCACUGUCAGAAAUUUGCAUAGCCACAUCGGCAGCUCCAACAUAUUUGCCAGCUCUCUAUUUCGAAAAAAAAGAUGAACAAGGGAAAGUGAUUAGAAAAUACAACCUUAUUGAUGGUGGCGUGGCUGCUAAUAAUCCGAGUAUGGUUGCAAUAAGAGAAGUGACAAAGGAUGUAUUAAAACAACCGGGUGCAAACAAUAUAAGCUAUGAUCGUUUUCUAGUAAUAUCAAUAGGGACUGGAUCAAACAAGAGUGAGCACAAGUACAACGCUAAAAUGGUGUCUAAAUGGGGUGCUUUGACUUGGUUAUACAACUCUGGAUCAACUCCACUUCUAGAUUGUUUCUUUGAAUCUAGCUCUCAUAUGGUUGAUUAUCAUAGCUCUGUUAUUUUUACUGCACUUCAAUCUCAAGACAACUAUCUACGAAUUCAAGACGAUACAUUAGAGGGGGUAUUAGCUUCUGUGGAUGUAUCUACUGAAGAUAAUAUGAAGAAUUUGGUAAAAGUGGGUGAGAAGUUAUUGAAGAACAAAGUUACACGAGUUAAUAUACAUACAGGCAUACGUGAAUUGGUUCCAGAUAAAGACACUGUCGAAGAAGAGCUCAAAAGGUUUGCUGGUUUACUCUCGGAGUUAAAAAAAAAAAGAGAUUCAAACCCAAAAGAUAGCAAGUAUUGAAUAUGUCAAUCCAUUGUUGAAACUCUAUCUUUGUAUUGCUUAAUAAUUUCUGCACGAUUAUGAUGCAAGUUUGUAACAUUUUCUAUUACCUUAAUUCUGAAUGAAAUAAUUGUUGUUGAUUGUCAAACUUAAGAAGAAUUCUAAAGAAUUCAUUUAAUAUAAGUUUUCUUGAUUGUACCACAA